CCACACAUUCAAAGAGAUAUCCUUGUUGAAGCACUUAUCAAAGAGAGACCCCAAUUCGAAACAUAUUCUUUGAUUUUUUGAACAACUUUCAACACCAACCCAAACCAAACCAGCUCAUUAGGAUUUGAAUCCCCAAUUCAAUUCGUUCAUAAAUUUCAAGCUGGAGAAAAAUGGGAGGUGGAAAUCACAAUGAUGAUGGAUCUAGUGACAGAGGACUUUUCACUCGUCUUGCUGGCUAUGCUGUUGGACAAUGCCUUCCGUCUUUUGGGGCAUGUCCUCCUCAAGGAUAUCCGCCUCAAGGAUAUCCCCCUCAGGUCUACCUGCCAACUGAAUAUGGAUACCCACCACCAGCUGGAUAUCCUUUCCAAGGUGGGUAUCCACCGGCAGGUUAUCCUGGUCCGUCAGCAUAUCCUCCCCCAGGUGGAUAUCCACCAGCAAAUUAUCCUGGUCCAUCAGCUCCGCCUUAUCCAGGUUAUGGGCCUAGUUUGGGACCAUUGAUAGCUGGUGGCGCUGCUGCUGCGGCUACAGCUUAUGGGGCCCACCAGCUAUCACACGGUGCCCAUAAUCUUACCCAUGGAGGUUACUAUGGUCGUCAAGGAAAGUUUGGGAAGCAUGGAAGUCGUCAAGGAAAGUUUAAGCGUGGGAAGCCUGUAAAGUCCAAAAAGCGUGGGGGAAAGUUCAAAAAAUGGAAGUGAUUAUCACUCACUAUUUUAUUAUCAUAGAUUGCUAGCAUUGGCCUCUUAGUAGUGCUGUUUAGGCUUGCAGUGACUGACAAUUGUCUUUUUUAUUUUUAUUUUUAUUUUUAAAUUUUAUGAGUCUGGAUACAAUUUGGGAGUUAUGACACUGGCAUAUGUAUGUGAUUACAAAUUUCUUGUAUGUUAUAUUUCUACAUAUAUGAAUGAAUUAGUCUCUUGUAGAAGA